AAAGAUUGUUAUACUAGUUUACUUGCAUUCGCAAAGCAGAGAUAGGUAGAAGAUGUUUGCCGAUAUACUUCAAAUGGGUAUUUGUUAGCAGGCAGCCGUUUCGCUGUUGGAAAUGGCUGUUAUCCGACAGGGACAUGUCUCUUAUUGGGACUGUACUGGUUGGUAUUCCACAGUAAAAAGAUUUGCAAAACAUUAGCUUCUCAGGUGUUCAAUGAAUGGCUUUAAAAGAUGGCAGACAUAGUUGAGUUAUUUAACAGACUUGAAUCAAACCAGCCUGAGGUUGUGGAAGAAGUUAAGAAGACGAUCCACGAUAUCUUCAAUUCGACCAAAGAAUCAUUUAUGGUAAAUGGCUUAUUUGAAUACUAUCUUACCACAAGCUCUGUGAGAUCAGCAGAAAUUCUUGCAGGGGUUCGAGAGCCCCAUGACAAGCAUAUUUUUGACAAGAUAUCAGAAUCAAUGAAGGGGUCAUUAAAAUUACAAGCUCUUACCUUACUUGGUCAUAUUAUCAAGCGUCAUCCAACCUGGAUUUUCAAGAUAACAAAUCAUUCUCUUUUCAAGGAUAUUUUAAAACUUUUGAAGGUGGAGACAGAUAUAUUGCCUCUCAUGAGUGCACUACUGGUGCUAAUUGUAUUACUUCCUAUGAUACCUGCACUGCUUGGGCCUCAUCUCCAGGACAUAUUCGAAGUAUUCAGCCGAUUGGCAGCUUGGAACACAAAUAAUCCCAACAAACUUCCUGCAGAACAUUUGUUGCACCUACAAAUUAGCCUGUAUUUCCUCUUCCACCGAUUAUAUGGGAUGUACCCUUGCAAUUUUCUCGGAUACCUACGCAGCCAAUACAGCCAGCGUGAUAAUCUUGUUGUUUUCAGUCAUACUAUCAAGCCUAUGUUAGAUACUGUCAAGAUGCACCCGCUUCUUGUAACGGCAACAAAAGAUGCUGAAACUGCAGCAACUAGGUGGAAAAAUAUGGAAGACCAUGAUGUAAUAAUGGAAUGUGCGAAAUUUGGUAUUGAUCCACAAGAGCGAAACUGGGAUUCAUUGUCAUCAUCUUUCCGUUCUCGUGGUAGUGCAGAACAUGCAGAUAGUACCUUGCUGAAGUCAGCAUUUACUCCUCUGAGUGUUCGGCACCCACCUACAGAAAAUGAGUUCUGGAGUCCAAGUGCUUGCUUUGGAUUAUCCACACCACCACCUCAAGAGUCAGCUCCGGCAUCCAUACCACAAACCCCAAACUCACAGGGCCAUGUUAAUGCUUCUGUGCCUCCCCAUGAAGGGACAUCACCACCUGAGGCUGCGGUAGAGGCAACCCCAGAAACAACACCUGUUAAGGACGUGAGACAUUUGGUUGGUCGAACCCCUCCAGCCAACUCUAAUGUAGUUCGGGCUCUAAAUCCCCAUGGAUCUGCCCGGUGGCAGAGCCUGGCAUCCAAUAACACAACCCCAUCACAGUCGCAGCCUUCAUCUCCGAUGAGGAAAGAAACUUCCCCAUUUCGCUUUCCCUCUGACAGUAUAUCAGAAAAUCGUGAUAUCAUUUCGUCAUCUUAUGAACACCGAAAUACCAUAUUUUCUCAAAAAUUAAUUAGCAGAAUCCACCAGGAGAGGAUGCAGGCAGCAACUGAGACUGUACAAAGAGAAAGCCAAGCCCCUGUCAGGGCAAGGAGCCCACUGAGUGGUCGAACGAGUCCAAGUCAGAGGAAUGGAUUUAAAUUCGAUCAGGAUGCUAGCCAGGAAGACCAAGAGGUGUUGGAAAUUGUGCGCCUUGGAGAAAAUCUCACUAUUGGUACACAGCCAAAAGUCAUGGAGCGAGAAUGUGACAGUGUUUUGGAAGAUGUGGUUUCAUCUGGCGGACAUGUUGGAGAGUAUGAAGAGUGUGGGCAAGAAGGAGGAGCAGAGUGUGCAGCGGGUGGACUGCACAUGCCGAGCAGUCGAUCAAUGCUGGAAAUGGUGCGACGCAUCCAGCAACAGAGGCACCAUCGCCACCGUUUCUACAGUCAGUCAGUAGUGUCUGAUGGAAUUGUUGACAGUGUUGGGGGCAUGAGUGCAUUAACUGCCGACGGGGAAGUACAAGUACGCCGUGCAAACUCCUGCCCCGAAAUGGAAAAGGGUCCUCUCGGAUCUGGGUCGUCUGUAGGGGAUGCACCUGAUGAGCGCGAUGAACUUGUGGAGAUUGUCUACUUACUAGCUGUUCUGGAAUAUGAACUGAAAACGGUGAAGGAGCAGCUGGCACUUCUCAACAUACAGCUACAUUUUGAAAGGCACAGAAGAGAGAUUCACGCAGAAAGAAACAGAAGAUUACUAGGAAAAUCAAGAACUAACAGGGCACUAGAAGAAUAUAAUAUUGCACUGAAAGAGCAGCUAUCACUCCUGCAGAAGGACAAAGAAAAUUUGCGUAAUGAGCUUCAAAGUGCGAAGGGUGAAGCAAGUGACAGAGAGCACGCAUUACAAGAAGCUGUAAAUCAUUGGCAGACAAAGUAUAAUGCUGUACAAAAAGAAAUCAAAACACUAAAGACUGAAAAUGGUUUAUUACAAGAAGAACUGAAACAGUCGCGGGAACAAAAUGCUGUAGUAGUGAAGGAGCGAGAAGCGGCAGAGGCAUGCCUGUUGUCGGUGCAGCAAGAAAUGGAGCAGGUUGCCCAUGAAGCUAGUGUCGGCACAGUGCUGCGAGUGGAAUUGGAGCGAGCCCAGAGUGAGCUAGCCCUGAUGGGGGAGCUUCAGCUUAAGUACCGGCAGGCAGCUGCAUCUCUUCCCCUAGUUCCAGCUGAAGAUGCCAGCAAGCUUGCCUAUAACUCGUAUGCCCAGGAAAUCUGUGAUGUUCGUGAGCUUUUGGAACAAAAGUCGGCUGCACUGGAAGCAGCCCGUGCUCGACUAGUGGAGCUAGAGGCCCAUUUGACUAAGAGGGAGCAACUCCUUACUGAGCAAAAACGUAUGCUGAAGCAGGUCCAGGAAGAAUGUGUGAGCCAGCUCUCGGCAGUAGAGAGCAAAUACCAGUCACAGCGUGCCAUUAAUCAGAAACUGGAGGAAUUGGUGCUUCGGUUACAGCAUAGAGUGUGUGAGCUGCAGGCUCCUCCUGGAGGUGGUUGUCGUAUCACUGCAUCACCAGUUGAACCUAGCUCACUGUCACCAUUGGCUGAGUCAUUAGGAUCUCCUGCACCCCAUUCUCUCUCUGCCAUGAUGGCAGCAGAAGCUCUGGAAGUAAAAAACUUGCAGCUUAUUGUCCACGAUCAUGAGAAGUGCCCAGAUGAUCAUCAUCCUCAGGAAAAUAAGGACAGUGCUGAAGAUGGCUGACAGUUUGUGAUGGGUUGCAACUUCUGUUAAUGCAGUUUGUCAAAUCCAACAAGAGGUUUCUUACUUAAGUCUCAGAUAGGUAGCUAGGGAGUCUCUCUGCCUGUAACAAUUGUGAUAUUUAGUUUUUUGUCUGUUGGCAUCUCCAGACAUACACAAACAGUUUGCAUUCCCUACAGGAGGGUAGCCAUAACAAGGAAACAUGCUAAGAGAAUGUGCGGAAUAGACUGAAAAACAGUGUUUUUCUCAUUCAUUGUUCUACUGUGUCAUUGCCACUCUGUCAAUGUGAUAAGAGUUUGUUGCUUUGUUGAUGUAACACACACUUCUUGUAUGUUUACCAAAUUAUCACAACUGUUCACUGUUAGCAACUGUUUCGUUUGUAAAAUGACAGUGAAUUUAAAUGAAUGAAAUACGAGAAAUUGGUGUAUGUGUCUCAUCGUUAUCAAUGUAGUACACAAAUUUCACCAAUGAAUAAAACUUUUUCAGUCCUGAACCACUUACGAUAUCUGUUGUGCUGCUUCUGGCUUUGAGUGAGUUUGGUAAUACUCAUUGUAAUGUACCAUUAAACUGCGCCAUUUCUUUUGGCGAGUAUUUCGUAGCAGCAGGAACGCUCUUAUUCUGCUGAGUAUAUUUCAUUAUUUCUUAUGUGAAAAACCAGACAUCUUAAUCGAGAUGUAGAUUUAUGAAUGCAGAAUACUUGUUAUUGUGAUGUAAGAUAUAUUGUGUUUGGAGCU